GAAGCGUUGCGAUUGCUGCGCGCGGUCGACGCGGCGGCCGGUCUCGGUGCCGCAUGGCCCGCGAGGAAGCGUUGCGAUUGUUGCGCGCGGGCGCCGAGCUACGGGGCGAGAUCGAGCGCGGGGGGGUUGAGCAGAGAUUUCCUCUGACACUGGCUGCGCUUCGCGAUCUAGAGCGCGCGGUGGCCGACGAGUUCGACCAGGAUGUGGCGCCUUCGCGGCGGGCGCGCAGCCAGGCUGAGCAGGGCGAGCGGCGGCAGAUGCAGAAACAGCUCUCGUACGUCCGCCGUGCACAGGAGGCGGCCGAGGACCAAUUAAGGGGCGUUUUCGGGGCCAAGCAACGCGGCAUUGUCGACGACUUCUGGUUCGCGCGCGUGGCCUUGGCGCCCCCGAAGAUCACGGGGGCGGAGUUAGAGGCGACGUUCGGGGCGUUCACGCUGGAUGAGACGACGCCCAUUUCGGGCAAGUACAUCGAGAGGGCCAGAGAUUGUUUUUGCAACGUUGUCAAGGACUUGAACAAAAAGGAGGUGCGGGCCGCAGUUGGCACGGGCGCGGCGCCCAGGUCUGGCGCGGCGGCGCGGGCGACAAUCCGCGCGCGCGUCAAGCAUUUGCACGGCGAGGCUCUCAUGCGUUACGUUUCCUACAAGGCCGUCGACCACGUAAACCUCUUGAUCGGCCCAGACCAUCGCCUUGCUCUGCGGAGGGGAAGGUCGCCCAAGGUCCAGAUCAACGCGAUUUCGAUCACUCGCGGCUCGCAGACAUUACCAUGGCAUGCUGAAUUGCAGCCCUUAGACAAGAAAAAUGCCCCGACGAUCGCGACCGCCAUCAUUGAUAUCGCAGAGGAGAUCUGCACAGCGAUGAAGGCCGCCGCGCGCGAGACGGCGGGGGAGGGCGGCAAGCUUCGCUUUAUCCAUCUCUUGACAGGGGGCGCGGCGAGCACGAGUUCGGCGGCCUCCAGGUCCUAUGCAUUAGACCUGGUGGAGCUAGUAACGGGCCCCGUGCCCGAGGAGAUGGCCACCAGCCGCCAGAGGGCAAUCAAAUUCCAACAGCUUUACGGUGAGGAAGGUUUCCCCGACGAGAUGCUUGCGCUCUACAACGUCGGACUUCAGUGCGUCUUGCAGAUCGCGGAGCGCCCAGUCGUCACUCGAUUUUGGUUGUUCUCAAACUGCGUUUGGGCGCUGUGCAGGAUGAAGUUGCUGGGUCUCCCUGCGGGCAUACUCUCUGUCGGGGCGGUCGCUCCCGCGGAGGCGAACCAGAAGCGGCUGGCAGCCGUUGCGAAGUAUUACGACGACCCUGGGACCCGGGCUGAACUUCGAAAAGUAUCGGCGCGCUUACGCUUAUCGCAGCUCGUCGUUAACCUCACGGCGCAAAAGGCCCGACGUGGAUCUGGCCAGUCCCCCCAUGAGAGAUUGCCGUUGGUCGCGCGGUUGGGCCAGGGGCAGAUUCCCCAGCGGUCGGCGGAGCUCUUCGCGAAGCUAGUUUGCCUUCUCCCGAACGAUGAGAACAUUGACUUCAUCGAUGCUUUCGCUGCCCUGCUCACGACGGAAGCCCACGUUGUGAUUCGGUUUCGCCGCUACCAGUCCUUCCCCACGCAGGUGUGGACUUUGCGCAAAGCUUUCAACCCAGACGGCUUUUCGCGGGCCGGCCGCGCUUUCCUGAACAGGCCAGGGGGCGAGCUUGACGAGGGGUAUGGCGCGCCGCUGCAGCGGGAAGCUUGGCGGCGCGGUGGCAACGAGAAUGACGCGCUGGAGUUCCUGAAGGGCGCAGACCAGCAAGACGAGUUCGAGGAUUUGCUGUGGGCCGCGGACGCGAACACCUUGGACGGCGAGCGGAAACGCAAUUUGGACAAGCAGUCGGAGAAGCCUGGCCGAAAGGUGCCAUCGGUUGCGCGCGCUUCGAGGAACGGCACCUUGGGCCAGCGCGCGAGGGGGCAGCGAAUGGAUUCGGCACGGGCAGCCAAGUGCCGCCGAGAGCAGGAGCGCGCGCGGCACAUCGGCCUGCGCCCCCUUGCGAUCCAGAGACGCCCUGACCUCUUCUCCCGCGGGCGCGGGCGGUCGUGGUGGGAAGAGGGCGUCACCGACGACCAGACGAAAAUGACCACUCACGUCGGCGACGAGGACGCUUUGAAAUCAUACGUUGAGGAGCGCCGAGAUGAGCUGCAGGCGGAGGUCGACCGCAGGAAGUCCAAGGCCAAGCUCGCGCUGAUCGCGACGCCCCGCAGCUUGAAGGGGUGGUUGCAAUGGUUGCGCGACAACGACGAGUUUUUCAAACGGGCGCUCCAGGGCGCCACUCGCGACAGGCGCAAGUACUCCCAGCGCUUGGCACCGAGGGAUUCUGCGGCGGGUGUGACCACUCGCUCAUUUCCGACCCCGACCAUCGGCGCGUUGCCGUCGCUGGCGGGCCACGCGCCGGGCUUCUACUCCAUCGGGCAGGGGGGGCAGUACUUGGUUGUGUUCAUGGCUGGCAUAGGGGCCGAGGUGAACCUGAUCCCGUUGGACCCUACUGGGGCGCAUGCUCGGCGGUUCUAUUUCCACGUGCAGCGGCGCCUGGGCGAGCAGCUCGUCACGUCAGAUGCGGCUUUCCGGGCUGCGGGCCUUGAGUUCGAUGCUGAGUUCACUCUGCAUGUGUGCACCAUGAGACGCGUCGCCUCAGACGAGAUGCGCAUCGAGGUGGAGCUCCUGACCGCCGCGCGGGCAGUUAAGCCCAAGGUGAAAAGAGGGCGACCAGCGGAAGACUGCGGAGAGGAGGGCUGCCCCUCAUCUGGCGACGAUGCGCUCCAUAGCGACGACAGCCUCAUUGAAUCCGUUUGCAGCAGCGACGAGAAUUCCGAUUCGGAGCCGCCUGGUGACGUUCCACUGCCAGGGGACGAGGAUGCAGAGUGUGAUGAUAGCGACCCCGACGAGGCCGCCGUAGCAUUGGCUCGUGCUAAGAAGAACGAGCACGUCUUCCACACGAACGGGUAUUUCACAUUCGUGAACAAUCCCAAUUUCCCGAACCUGAAGGUGUGGAUUAUUGCAAACUGGUGCCAGCUGGCACUCUUGGGCGACGUAGACAAGUCCAAAACAAUCAAGCCCGAGGUCUUCGGGGAGGCUAAGCUGCACCAUCCAGUCACAGGCCUCGCCCUGAAGGCCUGGAUGCUGGGCAGGGUGACGGAUAACGGAUUUGUGAACAAACGGUCAUGCCGCCGCCACUUGUUUGCCAAAGAGCGGGAGGACGCCAGGGCGGAGGUGGUCCGCAUGAGCUCCGCAGCCGCGCCAACGACGGGCAACGCACUAGCAGACGAUUUGGUUCGUGGGUGGGCGCCUGACUUAUUGUCGCCAGCGUAA